GUGAUAGACCAGCGCGUUGAGCGCCGCACCUAGUGUUUCGCGCGUUUCAAACAGGCCAACCGCGAUGAGACAGUGAAGACGUGACCUGAAUUUGGCCAAGCCAGUCCUCUUCAGAACGUUCACUCAGUCAGUUGCCCUGUUUUCAUUACGCACUCCUCGCACCGACUUUCGACACAAAGCAGACUUGCUUCACCCGAGCUAGAUAGUUCGAACUUGGUAGCGAAUAUCGACCUGUCGUAGAAUCAACACAUUGCGAAGAAGGUAACAGAAAGUGCCCCUGUAUACACAACGCCGACAAACUGGGAUGCAAGUUUCACCGACUAAUUCAUCAUCAUCCCCGUCUUCCUCUGGGUCGCAACCUUGGGCUUCCUUGAUCUCAACAGGCCCGCAACUCACUCCCGGUGUUCAACACCCGCAGAGUAAUUUUCCCCCCUUUGUCACCUCGUUUGGCUCAGUGGGUAACACGCCUGAACUGGUGACCUUAGUUCCCGCUUCGCACGGCUCCAUUACAUCCGACUCGUAUUGGGGUGUCCGAGGGCACCCUGAUUCCGACGCACCCCCAGUUGCCGGAUCCACAUACUAUGCAAGCACCGAUGGCACCGGGAUGAUGUGCUCAGGAGUCGCUGAGUACUUCCAGAAUGCCGUGGUGGAGGGUUACGGCACGGCGUCUACUUGUAGCAGUAGCAAUGGGGCAAGCAGAAUGACACCUCCGCAGUCAGCAAACACUUCUACAAGCGCAAGCAAUCAGAAACCUCCUAGACAACGUAAAAAAGAUCCCUACAUACCCAGUUAUAUGGAUCCAGCCAACGGACCAGAACCUUGCGUUGUAUGUGGGGAUAACGCAACGGGUUUCCACUAUCGCGCCAUGACUUGCGAGGGCUGCAAAGGAUUCUUUCGCCGAUCGGUGCAGAAGAAGCUGGUAUACACUUGCAAAUUCAAUGGUCGGUGUUCCGUCUCCGACAAGCAGAAUAGAAACAGCUGCCAAAAAUGUCGAUUUGAUCGGUGCCUUAAGGGUGGAAUGGCGAAAGAUCUGGUGCUAGAUGAGGACAAACGUCAGGCCAAGCGUCGCCUUAUCGAAGCCAACCGAGCCAGGAAACGAGCGGAAUCUGAGGGUUCAUUACAUGCCAAUCAUUACCCUCAAGCUGGUGCCACCUCCGCUGGACCCAGUCCACCAAAACAAUCGUCAUAUUCAAUACACAUGUCUCUACAGCAGCAACUACGAAAGCAAACACCUAUCCGUGUGGCUUCGGCCAUUCAGCAUCCAGUGGCACCGCCAUCAGGAGUUCCACAUUACACCAAUACUACAGCAGAAGCUUAUCACUCAAGUGGAGUUCAGUUGGAUCUAAACAGAGGCGUCCACUUGCCCUACAACAAUGAAUCCACAAUACCUAUUGCCAGUCAACUAACUGGACAGUCGCAUUCAGCCAUGGCACCUCUUCUAUCUCCGCAGCACGGUCAAAACCAGUAUAGGAAUCACCCGGUGUAUGAACCAGUGCGCGUGACUUUGCCGGCCGUCCAGUCAACCCUAGGCAUUCAUCCGUCUGAACUGCUGCAUCGAACUUCGUUGGUGCACUAUAUGCAAGAGUCUGUCGCAGUCUCGGGUUCUGAAGGGGCCAGUCUUACCGGGCGACCCUCAGCGUCAAGUACAUCGCCUGCUCAGGAAGGAAAGACAGCAGUGGCCGGUAUGUCCAACUCAGAAGCAUGCGAAAACCUUCGAUGGUCGGUUGCGCAUACAGGUUCCAUGGUGCCGAACAGUGUCGGUAAACCGGAAACGGAGCCACAGUGGACCAAUGAGAUCUCAGCGAUCACGAGUCACUUGCCGCUUCCCAUGCGCAACGGGUUGAUAACAAGUCCACAGAGCGGGUCAAAAAACGAGUCUGCUACUGCUUUGCAUCGGCUGACGCUGAGCGAAGUGACGUCAUCUCCAAUCAUUACACCGUCGGGUGAGCAUUGCGUAUACAACUCACCCAUCGAGUCUGUUCAUUCCUCUUUACCGGUUGUCGUGAAACAGAACGAAACGAUAUCCUUAAACGGUUCUGAAAUGAACAAUACAAUGACGCCGGACGAUGUGGAGCAACCAAGCGCUAGUAGCUAUUUACCAUGGACCCACGCAGAUGAGCAGCUGGUGGACACUCUUCGGAAGGCGUAUGAUAAAAUACAGAAGAACAGCACAAACUCGAAGAUCGAUACUUCGGAUGAGUUGGACAGUUUCGAAAUGGUCAAACCGGAAGAAACUUCUGAGGGAAGUGUUGUACAGACCAUUGUGGACUCUCAAGUGACAGGAUUCCUCUCUAAGCUGGAUGACGUGGAACAAGAUGAUAUUCGACAAGCAAGAACAUUCUACUCAAACACGUUCUGCGAUUUGGCUUAUGGGAUAGAACCAAUGGUCGCUCGUUUGGUUGCGUUCGCAAAGAUGGUUCCCGGAUUUGGGACGCUCGGAGCGGACGAUCAAAUACACUUACUUCGCGAUUGCUGCCUGGAUCUCGUCACUUUGCGUGCCGCUUACUCUAUCAGUCUUUCCGCUCGUUCACAAGGCCUGGUGGAUCAAUAUCCAGUGCGAUGUCAAACCUUACAUGGCACAGAUCAAACUACCACCGACCGCGAGUCGCCAGGUUCGACCAAUACGGCACCACCGCCUAUCGUGAACGCUUUCUAUCCCAAGUUAGCCACGUCGAAUGAGAAGUGUGCGCAAGUUAUACGAUCGGUUGCAAUCAAAUUGGCUCGGUUGGGCGUCGAUCACACCGAGGUCGCUUUGAUGGCUGCGAUUUUACUGAUGUCACCAGACCGUACAGAUUUGAAUGAUAUUGAAACUAUUGAAAACAUACAAAACACACUACUGGAAACCUUUAACCGUCAUGUGAACAGGAACCGAGCCCGGUCCAGAUCAAACGCUUCGCAUCAGUGCUGGCCGCGUAUCAUCAUGGCUCUGACAGAACUUCGUUCGAUCACUAUGUGCACACAAGAGUUGUUUUUGCAGGAGGCUUCAAACACUCAAGUACAUCAGCUACCAUGGUACUUCCAGGAACUGUUCGCUGGAAACAGGGCUGUUACUUUGGGACAAGAGAAGGUGAAUGAAGCGGAUAGUAGACCGAUAAGUCAAACGGUGAAAUAACUCCGGAUGAUAGAACAUUUCAUUUGUGACAAGCCUCUAGGACACUUUGUUUCCUACUUUUGUGAUUUUAACAACCUACACCUCUCCAUGCUGUUGCAGGGGAUGAAUUAAAGUGAAACAUGCUUCACGAACUCGUGUGCGCUCUUUCAACUUCGCGGUCUGACACGACCCCAAAGAACGGGAUCUUCUGUUAUUUUUUAAAGUUGCCUUUAUGUAGGGACCACGGUAUUUUUACUCUGAUUUAUAGGGCCAGACUGGUGAUUUCCAGAUAAUUCAUAUUAUGCGCGGAAAGCUGUGACUUCACAUUAAUGUGCACCUCGCACAAGGUCAAGAUCAUCGACCCCCGGCUACACAUGUUGAUAUUGCUCUUCCUUGUAGUUUUUGCCCUCUACACUGUUCUUUUUCUCAACUCUUCUUCGUGCACAACCCUUCCGCGACUGGAGUAUCUUCAAGCCAAUUGCUAUUCCGUCUGUCGGAUUACUUUCAACCAUCCGGCCCCUCAUCCUCAAUUACUAGCCAAAUGUUUGGUUGCUUCAGUUGUGAUAGUGAUCUGUAACUUUGACCUAUUAACUAACUAGUUUACUAUCUGGCCUUGACCAUUGUUUUGUACAUUAUGCACCACUGCAUGAGCGCUUCUAACUUUGAGUGCACCCCAUCUCUGGAAGAUUUCCUCAUCUUCUCAAGCUUCAAUUACCAUUGUCCGAAAGCAUAUUCGGCACCUCUUAUGUGGUCCGCUUCUCUUCUUCCUCAGUGGAAGAUGUUUCACCCGCGGAAAUUUUGACCCCUUUGAUUUUUACCUCUGUGCUUGCUGCAUAUAAUGUUCACACUGGUU